UCAUUUGGUUUAAAGUCCUGGAAAAAACCUGAAGAGUUGGUAGUCGGCAUAUUCCACGAUCCAGACCUCCACGAUCCAUCAGGCAGAUGGAGGUAGAGAGGAGGAGUGGGCGGAGUCUCAACAGUUUACAAGUAAGUUAUUACAACACCUGCUUAGAAAAAAAUGACCUGGGACACAUGUCUUUAAAACGUGCUGUUUUGAAAGAGGGCGUUUAAACCUCCAUUUUUCCAUCUCGGACAACUGUAACCUCUCCUUAACUCCUCAUUGGUAAACUAUUUAAUUAGUUGGUUAAUAAAUGUCCCACAUUGCUCAUCUUGGAACACAUCACCGUCCCUCAUCACAUCAUCGUGUAGUGACUGUGGAAAUGCUCUGGAACUGUUAUGACAUGAACGUGGUUUCACUUUGUGCGUCCUCUAUGAGUCACAUGAGAGGUAUGACAACUACUCAUUAUACAUAGUUGAAAGUGAAAUGCACUAUGAGAGAGAGAGAUUUAUACAUGCAUAUUUAAUCAGAUGUUUCAGUCAUAUGUUAACUGACGGGCGGUUCUAGAAUGCUUGGAGCUCCAGCAGUUUCCUGCGUUGUGUGCCUGUGCAUUUAUUUUUCUUUCCUCUCACUUUCAUUUCCUGUUUACAUCUAAUUGUGUUGAGCACUAGUGCGUCACUCAGAAUAACACAAUGCAGCACAUUCUGCCAUUGCCCUGAAUAUCGUGUGAGUCAUAAGAUCCUUUUACAAAGCCCAUUAUGUGAAGAUAAACUGGAUCCAAUCAUAUAUAAUAUGUCUUUAUGAUGACACACAUGCACAUGUUCUUUCAUCUUGUGUUUUGAAAAGUCACACAGAUUUCUACAGACUUUUUUGUUUGUUUUACUUGCUGGACAGCUCUGGAGUUUUAGUGAAUUAUAUAGUCCUAUCCUCAGCUCCUCGUGUGGUUUCUUCUUGUCUCGAUGUGAGGCCCCCUGGCCUUCUCCUCCACCUCCCUUUUGAUAAAGAAGCAAGCAGAGAUGACUGAAGGAAACAAUGAGAGACUUUGAAGAUUCAACCAGGGCCUCUCUAUCUAAGACAGUCCGAGUAAGUUAUUUCCAGCUGCUUAUCCUAAAUCAGAUUAUGUUGAAACCCCUGCUAAUGGUUCAACUGUGGAGAGGAUUUAAGUCAAUCUGAUCUCGGAUCUGUCGAUCGGCCAGAGACGAGUGAUUGGGGAGGAUCAGGCGCACCAAAAAGUCCAACGCAUGUCCCGCCCUCUGUCCAUCCUCUCAGCCAAUCACCUGGCCGCUCUCCGCCAUCGCUCUUGAGCGGCCUGACCUCAGCCAAUCAGCGGGCUCCUUCCCUGCGUACGUCACUAACUAGCCAGUUCCCUCCAGCAGCGGCGAGAGCUUCAUUUUCUGAUCUGCUUUUGUGCUAAAAUGGAGGCUGGCCUCUCGCCCUGAGCGGAUCGCCUUCCUGGUCGAGGUCUAGAUGUUGACAUGCAAUAACUCUGCCGACAGGAUGGUUGUGGAAGCACCGAAUUCCAACGGGCCGUUUCAGCCGGUGGCUCUGAUGCACUUCAGAGACGUGGCCCCGGCAGAGCAGGAGAAGCUCUUCAUCCAGAAGCUGCGGCAGUGCUGCGUUCUCUUCGACUUCCUGUCCGACCCGCUGAGCGACUUGAAAUGGAAGGAAGUCAAGCGGGCGGCGCUGAGCGAAAUGGUGGAGUACAUCACCCACAACAGGAACGUCAUCACGGAGCCCAUCUACCCGGAGGUGGUGCACAUGUUUGCGGUGAACAUGUUCAGAACGCUGCCUCCUUCGUCCAACCCCACUGGAGCCGAGUUCGAUCCGGAGGAAGACGAGCCGACGCUCGAGGCUGCGUGGCCUCACCUUCAGCUCGUCUAUGAAUUUUUCCUUAGGUUUUUAGAAUCGCCCGACUUUCAGCCCAAUGUCGCGAAGAAAUACAUCGACCAGAAAUUUGUUAUGCAGCUGCUCGACCUAUUUGACAGCGAGGAUCCCAGAGAGAGAGACUUCCUCAAAACAACCCUCCACAGGAUCUAUGGAAAGUUCCUGGGCCUGAGAGCGUACAUCAGAAAACAGAUCAAUAACAUUUUCUAUAGGUUUAUCUAUGAGACGGAGCACCAUAAUGGUAUCGCUGAACUACUGGAAAUACUUGGCAGUAUCAUCAAUGGAUUUGCCUUGCCGCUGAAGGAAGAGCACAAGAUCUUUCUGUUGAAGGUUUUAUUGCCUCUGCACAAAGUGAAAUCACUCAGUGUCUACCAUCCACAGCUGGCCUACUGCGUGGUGCAGUUCCUGGAGAAGGACAGCACCCUGACUGAGCCGGUGGUGAUGGCUUUACUCAAGUACUGGCCAAAGACUCACAGUCCCAAGGAGGUGAUGUUCCUCAACGAGCUGGAGGAGAUCCUGGACGUCAUCGAGCCCUCUGAGUUCGUGAAGGUGCAGGAGCCUCUCUUCAGGCAGUUGGCCAAGUGCGUGUCCAGCCCGCACUUCCAGGUGGCAGAGAGAGCUCUGUACUACUGGAACAACGAGUACAUCAUGAGUCUGAUCAGCGACAACGCGGCAAAGAUCCUGCCCAUCAUGUUCCCCGCGCUGUACCGCAACUCCAAGACCCACUGGAACAAGACGAUCCACGGCCUCAUCUACAACGCGCUGAAGCUCUUCAUGGAGAUGAACCAGAAGCUCUUUGACGACUGCACGCAGCAGUUCAGGGCCGAGAAAAACAAAGAGAAGGCAAAGUCAAAAGAACGGGAAGAGGCUUGGAUCAAGAUCGAGACCCUCGCCAAGUCAAAUCCACAGUCCUGUAGCAAUGGAGACGGAGGUCCCUUUGAUAGAAGAUGUUCAGAGGUUAAAAAAGACAGUUGAGGCGGCCGCGACUCAGGUAAACCUGACUUCCUGUUAUCUUUCUUCUUAUAAUCACUCUAUACUCGUCUCAGGUAGAGCCCUAGUGGUGCUCAAGCUCCUCCCCUUUUGCCCUGGAUGAGAAAAGUGCCCCUUUUUCUGGAGACGAAUGCUUUCUUCAUUAAUUAGUGUUUAAGAAUAAAACAAUACUGUGUCACCAAUUCCCCCUAAAUGUGUUUUGAUAUCCGACGGGGCUUUGAUCUGAGUUCUUGGGAUGAUUUCCCCGACAUGCUCCUCCACCUGUUCUCCUCGUCUCCGUCCGACAGUUGCAGCCGGACCGGCGGGCGGAGCGGCGGGCGGCGCGGCGCCGAUCUGAGUCUCUUCAGGAUAUCUACACCACGAACGCCUUGGAGUCCCACCGCAGAGCCGGAGACACGCCGCCCCCCCCGCGGCGGACUCUAGGCCCCGCCUCCGCCGCCGCUUUAGUUCCCCCGCCCCCUCCUCGACGGCCGCGGACGCCCUCUUCGCCCAGGCUCCAGAAUCACACUGGCAAAAAGUGUGGAUAAUCCACGCCUCCUCCCACCUCCAGUUUACCCAGAAGUGUCUGUCCUUCAUCCCCGAAGCCCCGCCUCCUCGUCCCUCAGAGUUCUGCUUUCUCAGGUUUCUUUUGUUUCUGCGGAGAGGCGCGUGGGGAGAGUGCAUCGUGUCUCUCAGCCCGCUCCACAUCGAUUGUGUUCCCCAAGUCCUCUUCCUCUUCGCUCGCUUCCUCCCCCGGAAACGCAGGAACCGAACGACUCGCCGGCUGAAGGAUCGCUUCGUGGUUUUCUUUUGUCGAAGCGGAACAAAACCAGAACCCGCCGCUCCGAUGAAAGACUUUCCCGUCGUCCGUUUUCUUUCUUUCUUUUAUUUUUGUCGCUCGAUCUCAACGGACGUCUCGUCAGUGCCAAGACUCUUUGUGUUCCGUAUGUUUUGAUCUGUGACUUCAACAGGGGACUCCUGCCUUUUUUUUUUUUUUUUUGGUCACUGGUGUUUGAAAGUUUUGUUGUUGUUGUUUUGUUUAGCACACCAGACCAAACUGAGACUCGUCCUUCGCCUCGCAAUGUCCAGGAAAAGCUGGCGAGGAAAGAGGAAGCUGUCCUGUGGACAUCAGACACUUUCCAUGUUAUUGUUUGUGCCAUAUGCAACUCUUUUAUACGCUUGCUCUCCUGAAGUUCAUUGGCAAUAUCUGACAGCCAGACAUGGCGGCGCGGUUCAAACAAUGGUACCUCCUGUGUGGCGAGGAGGUGGUGGAGGUGGAGGUGGAGGAGGAGGAGGUGCAGGAGGAGGAGGAGGCGGAGCGCGGCGGGCCCUCGGUCGCUGAUACCGGCUGCAUCCUGAAUAAAAAAAGAAGGAAGCGCAGCUGAGAGGUGUUCAUGGUGACUGGUGGGUUUUAUAUAUACUGUACAAAAAUAAAUAGGGAUGAUUAUCUUUGUAAAGGAAAUAUAUUGAGAGAUUAGUUUUGUUGAAUGUGAGUGGAGGAACACGUCGGUGCCGACCGGCCACCCACUGGAGGGUUUUAACUAAGUUAUGACCUUUUGACCUUUGGCUAAUCGGUUUAUUUUUAAAGAGCAGUGAGCACCGGCAGUGGCUGCUUCACAUAUUUUGAAUGUCCACUAAAUAAAAAUAGAAAUUAAUUUAUUAUCAAAUUUAAGCACUGGUAACCUCGGUCGCUAUUAACAUCGUGACAUUAUAUGAUUGACACCAAUUAUUGAUGAAAGCUACCAAAAAGAAGACUUCCUGACCAUCGUGGGGUUCUGCCUGUCCUAAUUGGAGCGGUGAUGUUCCUCAGGAAGCGUUGGAAAGGCUCUUCCAGUCGGUACCAUUGUUUAAACUACGGUCUGCUCGAGUUCUUCUUAUUUGGCGUGUUUCUCCGUCUCGUCCCUGCAGGCCGAGUUGUGUGGAUGUCGGGUGUUUUAGUUCUCGUUGAGGCGGACCGGCGUCACGACGCUGAUAAUAAACUGACAUUGUGACUUGGCUUGUUAACUGUAUUAAUACUGUAUUUGCUUGAAUGCAAAACGAUGUAAAUUAAAAACUACCAUGUUAAACAUGUACCUUUACCCUGGAGGAAUGCCAUUCACCAAACGGAUUUCUGUUGUCCAGUUCAUUGCAUUUAUGAAACGAUGUUUUAUAGAUUUUAUGAGUUUGAGUCGGGAGAUUGUUUAUUUGAGUGCUGGAAAAUAAAGUCGUCCGUGAUAACGAGAUGAUUUAGAAAUGAUUCGGGGCUUGUUCUCGUUCUGCAGGGCUUAGUAGAUCUUUUAAUUUCACAUUAUUUCCAAAAACAUGAUAACUUAAAGUGUCCUUUUGUAUGUGACCUGUACUAUAUGAUUCAUUUAAUAUUGUAUAUAUGAUUUACCUUGUUUCAUGUAGUUAUAUAUCUAGAUUAAUUUUGUACAAAUUGUCCCUCUGUACAGAAUAAAACAUCAAUAGCAAGUAAAAGAAGUCAA